AAUUUAAAAAGAACGAAAAUGAACAUUUACACCAUUUUAUUAUUCACUUCCGAGAUGUGGGGAGUCCCGAAACGUUUGGGCCUGCAGUCCGGUACAGUGCAUCAGUUCAACAAUGGCCCAUUACAGAUGCAGAGAGAUGAAGAGGAAAGAAGUUUUACGUUAAUGACGGCCGAAGCAAAAUCAGGCGCCAAAUACGUUAGGGCUUUAGAGCAUUGCCGUCUCUUCUUCUUUUAUAGAUUUCUGGAAGGAAAAAAGCUCUACUGAAACCAGUUGGAGGAAGGAAGAAGCUACAGGUUGAAAAGUAAUGGUGAAGAAGAAGCCGAAGAAUGGAGGGCAAAAGCCGAAGUUCACGGCAGUUGAAAAUGUCGGCAGUGCAAUAAAAAAGGCACUCAGACGGUUUUCAUCGUCGAACGACGAAGUUUUCACUUUUAACGCUGAUGAUUUGAAGCGUGGAUAUUCUCUUGUUCAUCGAAUCUGCCAGGAAAUGCAUAUGAUAUCAAAGAGUUCUGGGCAUGGAGACCAACUACGUGUUUCUGUAUAUAAAUCCAAACCGCAAAUGGACACCAUGAAAUUUUCUGAGAAGUCCAAAAAUGUUUUCGACGAUUUAUUUAGUACAUAUCCUCCUGUUGAUGGAGAAUCGGGCGAGGCAACGACUGGGGAACACAAAAAAAAGGCGGAUAAACAAAGGCGAAAGAAAGAUGACAUUUUGUUUAGGCCGUCUAUGAGCAAGGAAGAGAUAACGAAGAAAUGGGAAUCGUAUACUGAUAGAGUGAAGAGUGUCGCUAAUCUUAAAAAGAUCUCAGAAGAGAGAUCUAAGCUUUCAAUUGCAUCCUUUCAAGAUGUCAUUACUUCAACAGUUAAAUCUCACCAGGUCGUUAUCAUAACUGGUGAGACUGGGUGUGGAAAGACAACACAGGUCCCUCAGUUUCUUUUGGAUUACAUGUGGGGUAAGGGAGAAGCAUGUAAGAUAGUCUGUACCCAUCCUCGACAAAUAUCGGCUAUGUCAGUUGCUGAGCGAAUCUCCUAUGAAAGAGGAGAAAAUGUUGGAAGUGAUAUUGGAUAUAAGACAUGGCUGGAUAGUCAUGGUGGCAGGCACUCGUCAGUCAUACUCUGCACAACUCGUAGUCUUUUAAGGGUGCUGAUUCCAGAAGGGUUGGAAGCUUCAGAAAAGAGGAGGAAAAAAGUUCUAUCUAACUUAACUCAUAUUAUUGUGGAUGAAGUUCAUGAAAGGGACUGCUGCACUGACUUCAUUUUAACAAUUUUGAGAAGCUUGCUUCCAUCAUAUCCUCACUUACGGCUGAUACUAAUGAGCGCUACAAUCAGUGCUAAACGGUUUUCAAGAUACUUUGGUGUCUGUCCAAUCAUCGAUGUUCCCGGAAUCACCUUUCCUGUAAAAAAUUUCUAUCUGGAGGAUGUACUUUCUAUUGUAAAAUCUCAGAAAGAGAACCACCUUGAUGAUAAGAUAAUGGGUGUUUCUGAUGAGGUACGUGAGCUAACUGAAGAAGACAAGCUUGCUUUGGACGAAGCAAUUCACACGGCUUGGUUGAAUGACGAAUUUGAUCCCCUUCUAGAAUUGGUUGCUAAACCUGGAUCCUCUCAAAUUUUCAAUUAUCAGCAUUCUGUGACUGGACUAACACCUCUAAUGGUUCUUGCUGGAAAGGGUAGAGUUUCUGAUGUUUGCAUGCUGCUAUCUUUUGGGGCCAUAUGUGAAUUGCGUGCCAAGGAUGGCACAACGGCGUUGGAAUUGGCUGAACGAGGAGAUCAGAAAGAAACUGCUAAAGCAAUCAGAGAACAUUUGGAAAGUUCCAUAUCCAACUCCAAGGAAGAACAACGGUUGAUUGAUACAUAUCUCGAGAAAAAUUCUAAUUCUGUUGAUAUUACUCUUUUAGAGCAGCUGUUAGAAAAAAUAUGCCGUGAUUCAAAAGAAGGAGCUAUUCUUGUUUGUCUUCCUGGGUGGAAUGAAAUCUGCAAAACUCUAGAUAGAUUAUCAGACAAUCCUCUUUUCAAAGAUGCAUCAAAUUUUUUGAUAAUACCUGUUCAUUCAACGCUUCCUUAUAAAAUGCAAAAGAAGGUUUUCAGCCAACCUCCUCCUGGUUGCCGCAAAAUUAUUCUGUCUAGUAAUAUUGCAGAAACGGCCAUUACCAUUGAUGAUGUAGUUUAUGUUAUAGACAGUGGAUGGAAUGAAGAAAAAAGUUAUGAUCCUUACAAUAAUGUUUCUACUUUUCAAUUAUCUUUGAUAUCAAAGGCUUGUGCCAAGCAGCGUGAGGGUCGUGCUGGUCGCUGUCAGCCUGGGAUAUGCUAUCACCUUUAUUCAAAGUCCCGUGCGUCGUCUCUUCCAGAUUUUCAAGUUCCUGAAAUCAAGAGAAUGCCAUUAGAGGAACUCUGUUUUCAGGCGAAAUUGCUUGCUCCCAAUCGUGGGAUAGAGAGAUUUUUGCGGAAGACUUUGGACCCUCCAGUUUUAGAUACUAUCGGUAAUGCAAUCUUGGUCCUUCAGGAUAUUGGGGCUUUGUCACAAGAUGAGAGACUGACUGAGCUUGGGGAGAAACUAGGUUCAUUGCCUGUUCAUCCAGUAACGAGCAAGAUGCUUAUCUUUGCGAUAUUGAUGAAUUGCCUCGAUCCUGCUCUAACUCUGGCUUGUGUUUCGGACUGCAAGGACCCUUUCACUCAUCCGACGUUACCAAGCGCUAGAAGGAUAGCUGAUGCUGCUAAAGCAGAGCUUGCUUCUUUGUAUGGUGGCCAUAGUGAUCAACUAGCUGUUGUAGCUGCAUUUGAUUGCUGGAAAAAUGCAGAAGAAAGGGGUCAAGAGUCCCUCUUCUGUUCUAAAUACUACAUUUCUCGGAGCACUAUGUCGAAGCUAUCUUGCAUGCGGAAGCAACUCAAAAUGGAACUAGUUCAGAAUGGUUUUAUGCCUAAGGAUAGUUCAACUUGUAGCUUAAAUGCUCGUGACCCUGGUGUGCUCCACGCCGUCCUUGUGGCUGGUUUAUAUCCAAUGGUGGGAAGAUUACGUCCGCCCCUUAUGAAGGGAAGACGGGCUGUUGUAGUAACUCGUUCAAGGGGCAAAGUUCUUUUGCAUCGACAGUCCCUCAACUUUGAACCGUCACUUAAGCUAACCGAUCGUCACCCUCUUAUUGUUUUUGACAAGAUAACCCGUGGGGAUCGUGGUACAGACAUAAGAAAAUGUACUGUUGUUGGGCCUGUCCCAUUAUUAAUUGUUGCCAAGGAGAUUGCUGUUGGCCCUGCUAAGGAGAAAGAUAAUGGUAAAGGUGGUAUUGAAAAUGACCAUGAUGGCAUCGACGAAAUCGGCGUGGAUGUCGAAAAUAAAUCAAAUCAACAACCAGAAGAGAUGGUUAUGUCCUCCCCUGAUAACUCGGUAACUGUGGUUGUCGACGGUUGGCUGCAUUUUUUGUCGAAGGCGCUCGAUAUUGCCCAGUUAUACUGCUUGAGAGAUCGAUUAUCUUCAGCAAUCUUAUUCAAAGUAAAGCAUCCAAAUGAAGCUCUUCCUCCUGUUCUUGGUGCCUCUAUGCAGGCCUUAGCUUCCAUUCUAUCUUAUGAUGGCUUAUCUGGCAUUUCAUUAGAAUCUGCAGCAACGUCGACGUCGAUGGUAAAUCCGACUGAUAUCAGCCGUUUUUUACCUGGGAGGUCUACAGGAACACAUAAGAUGUCACGUAGAGAGCCGAAGCGAUUCAAGCGACGCAAACGCCCUCAAAAGCAAGAUGCAACCCGGCAGCAGCGCGCUCCAGAGUGCAAUACACAUAAACAAAGCAAGUCCCCCAAGGAGCAAAAGGCAGCUAAACAGCAGAACCCUCCAUCAGGAGACCUCAGUUUAAAUGGGUAUGGAUCAAGUGUGUAUGGACCAUAUGGCACGCGGGGUACCUCUCUAAAGCGGCCACGUGGCAACUAGGUAAUCGUCAGGUGAAUGAGCUCAGUAGAUGUCGCUUCUCUGCAGUCUAACGUCCAAUGAUAGUCGAAACUUUGACGCUCGGUUAUUACUCGAGAUGUCUAGACACGGUUCAGAGAAUGGAACUCAGCUGCUUCUGGAGAUGAAACAAGCAUCUUCCAAAUCCAUCCAUUAUAGUUUGCUUUCAGCUACAGAUGUAAGUAUAAUACACACCAGGCUUGAUUCUCACCUUCCCGAGUACUCGAUACAAUCAGGUUCUUUCAGGAAUAUCGUUCUCGGUUUCAGCUCAUUAGAGUAUGAUAUCAUUAUCAAUGAGAGGAUAUACUUGCUUCAAGUUAUAAUUGAGCUCCAAUUUUGAUAUGUAAUAUGAAAUUUUACGUUAGAAUACGAUAUCGAGACUUCUUUCUCUUAUUGCUA